AUGGUCAACAACCAGGUGUCCCUCUCCGACUCCGAUGAUGAAGCUCCACCGCCCGGAUUGCUGAGUCCCUGGAGACCUCCCCGACGCUCCAUAUCCACCGGCGGCAGAAGUUCCCCCUUCGUUCAAAGCCGGUCGGCAGCCUGGCGUGACGAGCUGAUCAAUAACACCGAGAAGUUGAGGCGCCGAGUGUAUAAGGUGUGGAGUGGUAUGACGUUAUUUCAGAAGAUACUCAGUUGCAUCGGUCUGCUCGCAGUGGGCGUGCUGGGUAUUCUGUUUUUGGUUUUCAACGAGCGCAUCUUCAGCUGGCUUGAGCCUCUUGCAGAGCGCUGGAAACACACGACCGGCGGCUGGACCAUACUGUGGGCGUUUGUGUUCCUGUGCGCUUUCCCUCCGGUAAUCGGGUACUCGACCGCGGGCACGACGGCGGGGUUCGUGUACGGUGUCUGGGAGGGCUGGCUGAUCCUGGCCUCUGCUACCGUGGUCGGCUCAUUUUGCGCCUUCAUCGUGUCGAGGAGCCUGUUGCGGAAAUGGGUUGAGCGAAUGACCGCGGACGACAAGAGAUUCGCCGCAUUCAGUCUGAUCCUGAAGCACGAUGGACUCAAACUCCUGGCCAUGAUCCGGCUCUGCCCCCUCCCUUAUUCCCUCUCCAACGGCGCCAUGUCGACAUUCCCUACCGUCAGCCCCUACGCGUAUGCCUUGGCGACGGCCAUGGUCACGCCAAAACUGUUGGUCCAUGUCUUUAUCGGGAGUCGCUUGGCGGUUAUCGCGCGGACAAGGGAGAAGAUGACCAUGGGGGAUCGAGCCAUCAACUACGGAAGUAUUGCACUUGGCGCCAUCAUCGGAGCAUCAACGGGCUUCUACAUCUACAGACAGACUAUGGCUCGAGCCCGCGAGCUCGAGGCCGAAGAAGCCAACCUUGUCCGAGACUCUACCAGACGAACAGGCCGUCCCCCAGCGGAGUUCAGUGACGACCCUGAAGCGCAAGCCGCUGCAAAUACCCUCGCUCGAGACGAUGAUCGGAUAGACUACUUCGACGAUUCGUCUAAUGAGCAAUCCGAGUACCAUGAUGAGACUGAUAAUGACAACGACGUUUUUGGAAAGGGAGACGGGGACGAAGACGAACCCGUGACCGCCAACAUCACUCUGCAUCAACAGAAGAAAUGA